AAUGUUGUUGUUCAUGAACGAAUACGUAAUAGGAAAUGAUGAUAUAACUCUAGACGAAUGUACAAGUGGUAAUAGUAAAAAUUUUUGUUGCUUUGAGCCUGGUUAUGGUUGCUACAGACCCAAAUUAAGUAUACCUGGCUUUACUUAUAGACAUGGUAUGCUGACCGGUUAUGAUUCACUUGGAGUAGCAACCCCUGAUUUAGAAGAUCCUGAAGAUUGCGCAAAAUACUGCUUAGCAUUGCAUAAUUGCAUGGGGUUUACAAUGACAGAGACUCCCCAUCUUGGAAGAUACUGUUUCCCUAAAAGUAAUUCUUUUUUUACAACAGCUGCUCCCUCGGCUAUGCCAAAUAUGCUAUCUUAUGAUAGAUUUGGAUUUGGCUAUACCACUUGUGAACAAGGCGAAUGUACAGAGACAGCGCUAUAUACUGGAAAUGAAAAUUUUGCUGGCUUGUCUUCAAAAGUGCCGAGAAAAUAG